AUGACUGAGAAAAAGCAUUUCGAGGUUCCAAAGACAUUCAAGGGCUUCGCCAUGAAGGGCAUCGGCAACGUUGGCUGGAUCGAAAAGCCAAUUCCAGAAUGCGGCCCACUUGAUGCUCUUGUUCGCCCACUUGCUCUUGCUCCAUGCACAUCAGAUAUCCAUACAGUUUGGGCUGGUGCUAUCGGCGACCGCCACGAUAUGGUUCUCGGUCACGAAGCUGUCGGCCAAAUCAUCAAGGUCGGCUCCCUCGUUAAGGAGCUCAAGGUUGGUGACAAGGUCAUUGUCCCAGCCAUUACACCAGAUUGGGGUGACUCCCUUUCCCAGGCAGGCCAUCCAAUGCACUCCGGCGGAAUGCUCGGUGGCUGGAAGUUCUCCAACUUCAAGGAUGGUGUCUUCGGUGAAGUCUUCCACGUCAACGAAGCCGAUGCUAACCUUGCCAAGCUUCCAGAAGGCCUUACACCACGUCAGUGCGUUAUGUGCUCUGAUAUGAUGACAACAGGCUUCCACGGCGCUGAACUCGCUGGCAUCAAGCUCGGCGAAACAGUCUGCGUCAUCGGUAUCGGCCCAGUCGGUCUCAUGUCCGUUCGCGGUGCUGCUCUCAUGGGUGCUUCCCGCAUCAUCGCUGUCGGCUCUCGCCCACACUGCUGCGACAUCGCUAUCCAGUACGGCGCUACAGACAUCGUCAACUACAGAAACGGCGACAUCGUUGAGCAAGUUCUCAAGAUGACAGACGGAAAGGGUGUUGACAAGGUCAUCAUCGCUGGUGGUGACAACCACACAUUCGCUCAGGCCGUCAAGAUGAUGAAGCCAGGUGGCAUCAUCGGCAACGUCAACUACCUCGGCGAAGGCGAGAACAUCGAUGUUCCACGUGUCGAAUGGGGUGUCGGUAUGGGCCACAAGUUCAUCCAUGGUGGUCUCACACCAGGUGGCCGCCUUCGUAUGGAGAAGAUGGGCAACCUAAUCAAAUACGGCCGUGUCGACCCAACAAAGCUUAUCACACACGAAUUCAAGGGAUUCGAGCAUGUCGAGGAUGCUCUCAUGCUCAUGAAGGAUAAGCCAGCUGAUCUCAUCAAGCCAGUCGUUCUUAUCAAAUGGAAUGAUGACCUCGAGUAA